GACCUCUCUCCCAGAAGCGGCGGCGGCGCUGCCUGCGGAACCGGUGUGAGGCGGCCGAGCUGCGCUGUGGCGUGCGGCAGGGCGCGGCAGGAUGGAGGUGACGGGGUUGUCGGCGCCCACCGUGAACGUUUUCAUCAGCAGCUCCCUCAACAGUUUCCGCUCCGAAAAGCGGUAUAGUCGCAACCUCACUAUUGCUGAAUUCAAGUGCAAGCUGGAACUGGUGGUGGGCAGCCCUGCUUCCUGCAUGGAAUUGGAGCUGUAUGGAGCUGAUGACAAGUUCUACAGCAAGUUAGAUCAGGAGGACGCUUUGCUGGGCUCUUAUCCCGUAGACAACGGUUGCCGAAUCCAUGUCAUUGACCACAGUGGUGCCCGCCUUGGGGAGUAUGAGGAUGUAUCCAAGGUGGAGAAAUACAAGAUCUCACAAGAGGCCUAUGAACAGAGGCAAGACUCAGUCCGAUCCUUUUUGAAGCGAAGCAAACUUGGCCCUUACAAUGAAGAACAGAAGGCACAGCAAGAGGCUGAGGCAGCCCAGCGCCUUGCCGAGGAGAAAGCCCAAGCCAGUGCCAUCUCCGUGGGUAGCCGCUGUGAGGUGCGGCCACUGGGGCAGUCCCCGCGCCGGGGCACCGUCAUGUAUGUAGGACUCACAGAUUUCAAGCCCGGCUACUGGAUUGGUGUCCGCUAUGAUGAGCCACUAGGGAAAAACGACGGCAGUGUGAAUGGGAAGCGCUACUUUGAGUGCCAGGACAAGUAUGGAGCCUUCGUCAAGCCAUCAGUUGUAACAGUGGGGGACUUCCCAGAGGAGGACUAUGGAUUGGAUGAGAUGUGACACCCAAGGAAGGGUGUCUCCCUGCUCCAGCUCCCGACGACUCCCUUCAUCGUCCCUCCCUAUAUGUACGCCCAUGCCCUCUUCACCUGACCCAUCUCUGUUUCCUUUACCUUCCACCUGCUGUGGAUUUGUAACACUCAUAAAUUCGUCAGAAACUGGG